AUGGUUAUCCAAACUUUGUCAGUCCUUAUUUGCCUAGUGUUUUUCGUGACAAAUUCACUUAGUUGUCCACAAUCUUCCUCUUCCUUUCUUGACAAACGUGCUGAUAAAAAAUUCGGUCAUGUCUUACUAAUUUCAAUUGACGGUCUCCAUCAAAAGGAUGUUGAUGUAUUUACAACGUCUCACCCGGACUCUAAUCUUUCACUUAUUCUUAAAAAUUUUGUAUAUUUCAAAAAAGCACAAGCUUUCUUGCCAACUGAUUCAUUCCCUGGUCUUUUGGCUCAAUUAACUGGUGGUUUACCUAAGACCACCAGCGUUUGGUAUGAUAAAUCAUGGGAUGAUACUUACUUUGCACCUGGGUCUGAUUGCAAAGGCAACCCCGGUUAUAAUGUGGUCUGGGAUGAAUCGCUUGAUGUAGAUGCCACUAAUAUCAAUACUACCAUUAAUCCUGACCUACUUCCAUUGCGAAUUAACAAAGAUGAUAAAUGUGUAAAGGUUCAACUAUACGAUUAUCUUCGUGUUAAUACUAUCUUUGAGGUUGCCAAAAAACAUAGUCUUAUAACAGCUUGGGUUGAUAAGUUAUCCGCAUACUCGAUUGUUAAUGGUCCUUCUGGAAAAGGUGUUGAUGACUUUUAUAGUCUAGAAAUUGCUAGUUUAGGAAGUAAUAAAGCACACCUUACAUUCGUUAAACCAUACGAUAAUUAUCAUACUCAAGCCAUACUCAAUUGGAUAGAUAGCAAUAACCAUAAUUGUGAACCUUUCCAUGUUCCUAAUAUUUUCGGUGGCAAUUUCCAAUCCCUCAGUGUGGCUCAAAAGUCAAGCUCAAAUCAAUCAGAAUAUGAAGGUGGCUAUGCAGAUGCUAAUGCUACUCUGAGAGAACAAGUUAAAGAUGCUUUAAACUAUAUAGAUGACAUCCUUGGAAAUUUUGUCAAUGAAUUAAAGAAGAUUGAUCCACAAAAAUUGAAUGACACAAUUGGAGCUGAUAAACUUAACCAAAUAACAUCAGAUGAUGUUGCACUUAUUUGGUUAAAAAAAGAUUCUGAUUCAAAAGACGCAGUAAAAAGUCUUUCAGAUAACAAAGAUGCACUUGGUAUUGCUGAAAUAUUUGAAGGUGAUACACUUAAAGCAAAAUUUAGCUGUAGUCAUGAUAAAGAUACUCGAUGUCCCCAUAUUGCCAUUAGAGGUGUACCUGGUGUUGUCUACACUACUUCAACGAAAAAAAUUGCCGAACAUGGUGGUUUCAACGAAGAUGAUUAUCAUGUUCCAAUUAUAGUUUAUAAUCCCAGUAUUGUUAGAAAAGUUAAUGAUGAUAAUAUCAAAAUCCACUCAAUUGCAUCCUUCAUUCUUUCUGCUCUUGGAUUGGAUCCGAACGAAUUGCAAGCUGUCGUUAAAGAAAAUACACCCACUCUUAACUUUUUUAGUGAAUAA